AUGUCUAAUAGAGAAGGAAGCAUCCGCUUUGAAAUUCCCAAUGUACAAGAGCAAUGUUUUACGUGGUACAGAGCGUUUGGCGACAUCAACAAGACACCACCGCUGAUCUUGAUACACGGAGGUCCGGGCGCUGGCUCCGACUACCACCUCGAUCUUGCGAAACCACUCGUAGCUGCAGGCAUUCCUUGCAUCUUCUAUGACCAGGUUGGCUGCGGACGCUCAUCGCUCAUCCGCGAGAAAGCUGAAGAUGAGAGUUUCUGGGGCUUUGAUUUGUUCUGUGCCGAGCUUGACAAUCUCGUGGACCACCUUGAGCUGCGCAAAGUCGGAUUCUCUAUCUACGGCCACAGCUGGGGUGGCAUGCUAGCCAGUAUAUAUGCUGGACGAAAACCGCGUGGCCUUCACAAACUAGUCAUCGCCAAUUCAAUUCCGAGUUCAGCUCUCUCCGCCAAAGAGUGCGAACGCUUAUUCCGGUUGCUGCCCGUUGACGAUGCUAUCAUACAGAUGGAUGCGGACGGGGAUUAUGAUAACCCAGCAUAUCGAGAGGCGUGCCUCCGCUUCAUGAAAAAGCAUUUCUGCACCCUUGACCCGUGGCCUGCGGUGCUCAGUCAAGCAACGCUGGGAAACAGCACGAAAAUGUGGAAGACGAAUGGCAAGAAAGCUACCUCUCUUAUCCGACAGCCAGGCUUUAUGUAUCACUAUGAUGCCAUCCCGACCGCGGGGGAUAUCGAAGUGCCAACACUGCUCCUGACGGGUCGGUACGACAAGAAUAAUGAGGCGAUCAUGGGCCCUUGGUUCAGAUCCAUACCACGGGUCAAAUGGGCCGUGCUUGAGAAGUCGAGUCAUAACCCGGCUCUUGAGGAGCCCGCUAGAUUGGCCGAGCUCUUAACGAAUUUUCUUCUUUAG